AUGAAUGUUCAACCAGAAUCCUCAAGAACAUUUAAUGAAUGUGAGAAAGAUGAAGUUGAAGACAUUAUGGCAUUUUCAUUCACAUUUAUGUUCCAGUUUUUGGUUCUUGCCCCAUCUGUGAUUUGUGCAUUUCCGGUUCAAGAUCCUGAAUUAGUGGUCCAGGAAGUGCAAAAGUAUGUUAUACAAUACUUUCAGGAGACUGAAAAUGGAGCAUGUUGUUUUGAGUGUAGGAGCAUCAAUGGCUCAAGGAGAAACUUGGGAUAUCUUUCUUGUGGGACGGGGAACCCUAUUGAUGAUUGUUGGAGAUGCGACCCCAAUUGGGGAAGGAACCGCAAGCGUCUAGCUAGUUGUGGUAUUGGUUUCGGCAAGCAUGCCAUUGGUGGAAAAGAUGGCAAACAAUAUUUGGUCACUGACCCGAGUGAUAACCCUAUGAACCCUAAGCCAGGUACAUUGAGACAUGCUGUUAUCCAACAAGAGCCUUUGUGGAUCAUUUUCAAGCAUGACAUGGUGAUCCAGCUACACAUGGAUCUCCUUGUUAAUUCUUACAAAACUAUUGAUGGAAGAGGAGCAACUGUCCACAUUGCUGGAGGGCCCUGCGUUAAAGUGCACAAGAAGAGGAAUAUCAUAAUUCACGGCAUACACAUUCAUGAUUGCAAACGAGGUGGCAGUGCAUACGUGAGUGAUUCUCCCAACCAUCGUAGUUGGAGUGCUAGAUCGGACGGUGAUGGGAUCACAAUCUUUGGUGGGAGUCAUAUUUGGGUGGACCAUUGCUCCUUGUCGAACUGUUUUGAUGGCCUGAUUGACGUUGUUCAUGGUUCAACGGCCAUCACCAUUUCCAACAAUUACAUGACACACCAUAACAAAGUCAUGCUCUUGGGCCACAGUGAUGCAUAUAAACAUGACAAGAAUAUGCAAGUCACCAUAGCCUUCAACCAUUUUGGAGAGGGGCUUGGAGGAAGAAUGCCCAGAUGCAGGUUUGGAUACUUUCAUGUGGUGAACAACGAUUACACACAUUGGCAACAUUAUGCAAUAGGUGGGAGUUCAUCCCCAACCAUUUUCAGCCAAGGCAAUAGAUUUCUUGCUCCAAAUGACCAAGAGCAUAAAGAGGUGACCAAACAUUUUAAAUCAUCAGAAAGAGAAUGGAGGAAAUGGAAUUGGAGAUCUGAAGGAGAUAUAAUGUUGAAUGGCGCCUUCUUCACAGCGUCCGGGGCAGGAGCAACAGCUACAUAUGAUAAAGCAUCAAGCAUGGCAGCAAGACCACCUACGCUUCUGCCUUCAAUCAUAGCCGGGGCUGGACCGCUUAGAUGCAAAAAUGACCAACUAUGCAGCUAG